AUGCAAGCCGGGUUUGCUGGACCACCUGGACAUAACCUUGCAUCGGCCUCACCUCCAUGGGCGCUCAUGGGCCGGAUGGUCCCCGCUGACCGCAUCGCUCUGAGCUCAGAGCAGAAACAGAUGCUCAUCACCUCCGCUGCGGCCCGACUGAGUGGUCUGGAUACCGCUGCCUUCGACGCGCAAUUGCAGGAGCUACUCCUGCUACUGCCAGAUAUACGAAGUCGGCUGUUGUCGUUAAAACCCGCUAUCUUGGUGGAGCUCUGUUCGGAUACCCGGGGUGUGGCGUACAAGCUGGUCCAGCUCCGGGAGAUGUUCCCCGAUGCAAACGUGUCCGUCAUCAUCGCCAAGCGCCCCACGCUGCUGACCGCAGCGGAGUGGCCGGGGGUGGAGGUGGCGCACAGGAAGCUGGGGACGAUGUUUCCCGAGGGGGGCCUCGGCCAGAUGGUGACGCAGCAGCCUCUGCUGCUGGUGGAGGAUGUGGACGAGGUGGUCGGCGAGCUGGAACGGCUCAUGCCCGGCAGCGGCCGCAGCGGUCGGGGCCUGUUGCGGAGCAAUCCCGAUCUGUUGUUGGCCGUUGUGGAGGCGGUGGCGGGCAGCGUAGCGGGAGGCGGGCGAGAGGUAGCGGGAAGCAGCAGAGCAGCGGCGGCGGAGGCGGAGCCGGAGGCGGCGAUACUCUUGGCGGCAUCGCGGCUAGCCGGCGGGUAUGGGGGAGUUACUCAUCGCAGUACCCCCCAUCCACCCAUUGCGUUUCGCAUUUCCUCCCCCCCCCUCCGUCCGCUGCCACCACCGCCCCUCCCGGGGGACUCCAUCGCGCUGCUGCUGCUUUGGGAAUCCCUCAGCCGGCACAUCCCCACAAGUCGCGAAUGGUUGCUGCCCGGUGUGGACGUGCGCAUCAUGUUGCUCCGGAACCCGGGUGUGCUGACUCAGUACCGGCUGGAGCGCAAGGUGGGAGAGGGCACCUACGGGGUGGUGUAUCGAGCUACGGAGGUGGCUACCGGGCAAACCGUGGCUGUCAAG